AUGCCUUCUUGUCGCUGCGUCGUUCAAGACUGUAGCAACAAGUCAAAUCCUAAAUUAGGCAUUUCUUUGCACAAGCCGAAGACUAGCUUUGAAAGACAGAAAUGGAAAGCCUUCGUCCGAACACAUCGCGCUAACUUCAACCCCAAAGGGCUCUUUAAGAUUUGUUCAGUUCAUUUCACUGCCGAUUGCUGCGAGCGGGCAGUUCAUGUACCUGGCGCUCUGAGAGUUACAGUUGCCGGAGCCAUUCCAACGAUUUGGAAGUUAGGUGAAGCGGGCAAUUCCAGUGCCAUGUCAGCGAGAGACCGGCGUAUGGUAAGUAUUACCGCUAAAACAUUGUAGACCUUUGAUCCUUGUUCACACGUACACUUCCUGGGAUCGUGGCAUUUCAGCUUCAAGCUGGCAUAAGUAAGGGCAAGAUGCUCCGCACCAGAACAUCUUUUUUUCUAAAGCACAGACCUAAACUACAUGCACACUGAGUAAUGAACAGAUAUGACAAGAACUGAAAGCCCAAUAGUGGUUUUGUCGUGUUUCGCGCGUUCGAGCGAAAAUGAAUGAGUCACUUAUACAGUGUUUUGAUUGCCUUCACUGCAGGCGUUCAACUCGUAAAACAAACAAUAUUUUUUGGUUCUUUGAGACUGCAAGAUCAUUUAUUAAUGCUGAACUGUAAAAUCUUGGUUAAAAAAUAAAAUUAUGGAUUUCCCGAUCAAUAUCUUUACACCUUCAGUGUUUUUUUUUUUUACUGGAAAACUAAAUUCUGGUUUGUAGGCAAUGAAACAUAUCCUUGCCGUGCACGAAGCUACAACCAGUCGCAAAAAGACUUGAGACAUUGUACCUAAUUUGGACGUCAAGGAUAUUUAUAAGGUCCUCGCGUUUUAGACCACCCCUCUCCCUUCUCAAAGUUGGUCACAAUAGGAGAUCAUGCUGAAAUUUUCGAAGAACAACAUUGAAAAUAGGGGAGGGUGAGGGGAGUUGCUUAAUCUUACAGAUGUAGGAUUUUAUGCGAUGUUUAGUAAGAAAGAGUGUUUUCCAGGUCAAGUGUCUCAACAUUUUUGCAACUGGCUGUCUGAGCACUGUGACCAUGUGUACGGACCCGGUUCUUUUAUCGAUCGGCUUAAUAGUUACUGUAGUGAUGUCUAUUUAGGAGGAGUUCCCAAAAAAUAGGGUUUCAUGAUAUUGGCUUGUGCGAUGUGAAAAUGGCAGACGAAAAAAGGCAAUUUUCAGCUGUUUUAAGGAUGACAUAAUCGGUGCGACUGACGUUUCUUUCGGGUACCAAGGUACAAAACAUGCCCGCAUUGACAAAUAAACAAGCAGCGUGAGUUUUUUCCCAUUUCAUUUGUCUGUAACGAUGUCAUUUAAACGUAAUUACUGAAAAAAAAAGGUGAAACAAGUUUAUUAGCGCGCGUUGGUUGAGCAAACAGUCCUAAGAUAAACAAGAUAAGGCACUACUCACGUGUUAGAAAGGUACAUAAAGGAACGGUGCGUUGUGAUCGCCUGCCAAUCAAUGGAGAGAGAUUGAUGCACAGUAAUCAAUAUUGGAAAUCAAACGUUAUCGAAGGUAGUCUCGAAUAUUCCCUAAUUUGUAGGAAUUAUUUCAAGUUACCGGUAGUCAUAUUUCACAACAUUUGACGUAAUCACACUAAGGUGAUUUGAAAGUUACUCUGCAUAGACUACAACAUUGAUGUUUGCGCGGCUCGCGGGUUACGGGGUUAUUUCUUUGCUGCUAAAGUGGUUUGCAAUGGAUUUUCUCCAGGAAUAUGAAGGUAGUGAUUCGGAAGCGACAGAUGUUUAUAACAGCACAAACAUUGACGUUAAACCUAGCGACAAGGGUGCUUCAACGAGUGUUCUAAAUGUGAGAGCUGUCCGACAAGUGUAUUUAAUCACCUAUAGUCAGGUGGAUUACACAAGUUCCCUGACAGAAAUUCAUUUGUGCAAGCUGUUCUCCGCUCUUUUGACAGUAGUAACACAAACGUUGAACACUGGGUUUGUUGUAACGAAGUGCACAAAUCCACGGGGGGAUACCACUAUCAUAUGGGAGUGAAGCUACAGUGAGUAGCUACAGUGAACAACGAGUGUUCUAAAUGUGAGAGCUGUCCGACAAGUGUAUUUAAUCACCUAUAGUCAGGUGGUUUACACAAGUUCCCUGACAGAAAUUCAUUCGUGCAAGCUGUUCUCCGCUCUUUUGACAGUAGUAACACAAACGUUGAACACUGGGUUUGUUGUAACGAAGUGCACAAAUCCACGGGGGGAUACCACUAUCAUAUGGGAGUGAAGCUACAGUGCUGUAAAAGGUGGUUGUCUUGUAAACGGUACCUAGAAGAAAACUACGGUAUCUCCGUGUACUGUGGGGGGGGACAGGGGGGUGACAACCUCCCGCUUCCCGUACCCCGUUCUCCCGCCUCCCGUACCUUUUUGUUCCUUUGUCUCCCGACUCCCGCCCUUUAUUGUAUUUUUCCCGUCAUCAUGUAAAUUAUAAAGAUCAGAAGCCCGGGUUUAGUGUUAAAGCUGUAGGGUAAUUUGCCAAAGAUGAAAAUUGUUACAAGUCAGUUUUCUUAGUUAAACUGAGUUUUCACUAACCUGGUUAUCUAGGUUUGACCACCGCUUCUGACAUCCCACUACAGUGACAAUAGUCUCAGUCCACUGUGCAGUGUAAUAGCUAUUGCAGUCAUCAAAGAUGCAUUAACAUGCAUUUAGGAAUCCCGCAAUUACGGGGAUCAUGCCAAAAUGAAGUCGAAGGGCCAAACGUUACGAUAGAGUUCAGUACUCCUGUCUAGUUCCCAGCGUUUAAUUGUACUAAUUGCAUAUCCACCGCGGUUAGUUUUCGUUAUUUUUCGUAAGAAGUCGUAAGCUAUAAAAACUGACUUCAACGAGACAAUAACUGCAUGUUCGUUAACCGUUUGCAUUUUAAAGCGUUCAGUUUAGUGCUGCUGGAGUAUUAUUGUUAGCUGGUUAUCAAAUCUCAAACCUAUUCAUGUUUGCUCGAGAAGUUGUAUCUUUCAUCAAACAUCGGCGGGGAGGUUUAACGGUUAUACAUACAUUUUUACAUCGGAAUGAUGCAUCUAUGUCCGAUUUUAACAAGAAGCAUUUGAAGAAACGAAUGCUCUGCUCUUAUUGGCUUAUUACGAGUUAAAUAACAGGACAGGGAACAGGUUGCAAUAUGUGUAAAAAGUGCCCGUAUUUUGCUAUAGUAAACAAACUAGAAAAAGUCUUCCAUGCGCCGAGGAGGUCGCACUGAUCUCCUCCUACUCCAAAUGUUAGUUAGAGCAGUAAAGUCUGCCUCCUCUUCCUCCGAGUCGAGGGAACUUUUCUAAAAUUACAGUGCAAAGUGCUAGGAAAUGACACCUACCGUGCAGUUCGUAAUCUUUGUUAUCUAUGAAGUCCAACCGGACAGCGUCCCACGCUGUUUGACUUCCUAUUCUAAUAGGCAGUGCUUUGGCCUUAUCCAAAACAAAAAUUGCGUUGUAUAUCUAACCACUCCGCACUCUCCAGCACGAUCGGUGAAUUUGCAUUCCCUGGACACAAGUUUGCACCACGCCGUAAAAUCUUUAGUGUUUUGCAAACUACAAUCGUACGGAGCGAGCUCCCAGGAAGGUCUUCCAUGUACGGAUUUUUCCACACCACACCGAAAAAUACUUAGACCGAUUAAAAUGGUCUUUGACGACAUUUUAUGCACCUAUCAAUGUAAUGCCGGCGGGGGAGGCAGGGCAUAGGGUGGGGAUUUGACUUUUUUCAAAAAUUUGCAAUCAAAUUCCCUGCCCACGGGCAAAUCAUUCCAGCCAAAUGCAACCAAAUUUCCCCACCCCAGGCUGCACAUUGCUGUCAGUCCCAAGGCAGCACCAAAGAAAGGCACAAUAAAAAUAUCUCCAAAUAAAACUCUGCAAUCUUUUAUAAACGUUGCUGCAUCACCAAAGAUAUAUGUUCCUGUUACAGCUGCAAUUAUACGUUUUAACCAUAAUCCGUGUCACACUGGGUAGAAUACAUAAACCUUUAGGAGAAAGUCCACAUUUUGAAAGUCUAGAUAUACCAUUCUUAGUAAAGGGUACAAACAAAGUCAGUUUUAUCAGUGAUUGUAGCGAACGAGCCAUACACUAAUCAACUGUACUUGCAAAAAUCGGCUCGGUUUCUCUUUACUUCCGUUUACUUUGAUACCACAUUAUAUUAACAGGUUCAAUUGAUCAAAAACACCCUAAAACAAACGAAAUUUGAAGACAAAACAGUGAAGUCCACUCAGCCUUCGCUUGCUCUCAUUGGCCUCCAUGACUUCCUGAUCUUUUCAAACCGUAUGGCGCGUGCGUGAAGCGUAGAAGCGGGAAACACAUGUUCGGUCUCAGUCUUUUUCGUGCGAGUCGGCAGUCAAAUAUCUCCACGUCGGGCGAAGAAAGAUUCAAGUAUCCCCUCCCCCGGGAGAACAAGAUCAGUUAAAUGCCCUACCCCAGGGACAACAAAGACAAUCAAAUCCCCACCCUAUGCCCUGCCCCCCCCCCCUCCGGCUUUACAUUGAUAGGUGCAUUACCUGCGAGACAGGUCAAACAGACGAGACACUGACACGACUUACACAGUCGACACACGUGCACAUGUGUCACGCCACCUCAUUCAUGAGGACUCGUGACCUAUGAUGUAACCGACUUGGAAAGGUUUCCAAUUUCACCAGAAGUAAUGCUCUUUUUUCAAUCCCGAGUGCGAAUUUACGUUUUUUGACUUUUCUCGCAUUAAAAUUUUGAUUUAGGGCCUCGGAGAACGUUAAAUGGAAGUCAAGAAACGUUGUUGAGUUCGUUUCUUUGACUGGAUGAUGAGCAGUAACAAUUAACGAAAGCUUGCCUUUUGGAAUUUCUCUCCCGCUUCCCGCCAUCAUAGAGAUCCCGCUUCCCACCCUUUCUUCUCCCGUCUCCCGUACCCCUCCCGCCCCCUGUUCUCCCGGGCUCCCGCCCCCCUGUCCCCCUCCACUGUACUUCUCCGACGUACAUCAUAACUAUUACAGUGCGUGGAAAUACACAACGAAACAGGAUAAAUUUGUUGUGGAAAGUGACGGUCAUCCCAACUUGUCCGAUUGUAAAGGCCCUAAAACUGAAACAGCCUCACUUUGCCGGAAAAAGUACAUUGAAGAUAGUGACGACGAUGAAGAGGAAUUCUCGGAGGAGUUCUAUGAAAGUCCUUCUGAUGGUGCGAGUGAGACAUGCCAUGAAAGUGAUUCGAAAGGUAAAAAAAGGAAAAAGCGCUUGUCUUCAUUUGAACUCUCAGAAAUAAUUGUAACAAAGGAAAUAAAAACUCACACGCAACUGUUGGCUUAUGCGAACAACCAAAAGUGCGAGGGAAAAAAACGACAUUGCACAGUUUAUCGUCAACAGAGGGCCCCGCGUAGUCUCAGAGGUUUUAACCACAGCGUGGGAAAUGCGGAACGCGCAACAGAAGCUGGAAAGAUCACAGAAAACUCGUGUUCAAAUCUUACAAGAAGCAGCACAAGGCGAAUGUAUUGAUGGUUGUAAUGGAGAGUGGCUCACUUGUGCAUGUGAGGUGUUACAACAAAACGGUAUUCGAAAGGAAACUUUUACAAAGGCAAUAAAAGAACUCCUGGAAAAAGGCCGUAGCAAAUUUGGAAAUGUUAUGAUCUGCGGCCCAGCAAACACGGGGAAGACAUUUCUACUAAACCCACUCACAAGUGUGUACAGAACUUUUUGCAAUCCCGCUUGCACGUCUUUUGCGUGGGUUGGAGCGGAAGACACAGAAGGCAUUUUCUUAAAUGAUUUUCGCUGGUCAUCCCAAAUAAUACAGUGGCAUGAUUUUCUUCUUUUGCUUGAAGGACAGAUGGUGCAUCUUCCGGCACCCAAAACUCAUUAUGCUAAGGACAUUGCUUUGGAGAAAGAUACUUGUAUUUUCUGUACAGGAAAACAGCCUUUCGUUUAAAUUAAAAAUGGCGUGAUCGAUGAGCGAGAAACGGAGAUGAUGUCUGUAAGAUGGAAGAUGCUUUGCUACCUUUAUAUUACAAUGAUGACAAGGUCGUUUGCGUUAGGAGAGAAGUGACAAGAAAUAGCUAACUAAGCACUGACGAUCUACACGGUCUACACAGUCUACCACAACAAGUGACUUUAAAAAUACAUAUGAUAUCAUAUUUCUUACUGUUGUGAUGGUAGACCGUGCUUAAUAUGGUAGACCGUCAGAAAAUGAAAUAGGACAAAGAUAAGUGUCUAAUUCCAGAGUGAAUUUUAUUUGAAAGCAUUUCUUAUGAAAUAGGAUUGACUAGAAAUAACAAUCGAGCAAAGGUUUUGUUGUGUGUUGUGGUUGUCUUUGAAACGUCAUGCAGUGAUUCCCAACAUGUGACACUAAACCUAAAUAGCGUGACAUUAUUUUUUACGUUACAAAAUAAAGGAAAUAUUAAACUCUGUUACUCUGAAUCGAUAUGCCCCCCAUGCUAUACCCUGACCGAAAAACAAAUAUCAUUUUCUUCAGUAUUUGGUACGACGACCUCUGUUCACUAAAAUUUAAUCUAAUCGCUCGUACAUUGAGGCGACAGUGUUGUCAACAACUUCUCUUCGUACCGAGUACAAUGUACUUUCUACUCGUUGUGCAAACUCUUCAAAUGUCUCUGAUGUAAUAUUAUGUCUUAUGGCUUGCCUUCUCAACUCACGCUUUACUACACUAAAGACAUUCUCGAUAGGAUUUAAAUCGCCGCUCCGCUUAGGAAUAGGAAAUAACUUGCCACCGACAUCUUUCAAAGCUUUUCUCGCCUUUGCACAGUUCAAAAUAGGACAAUUAUCUUGCACAAACAGCUUCAAGCCACGUUUUCCGCUCUUUCUGAACAUUUUCGGGAAAUUUCUUCGCACAAAAUCCGCCACAAAAUUGCCAUCCAGCUUAUUAUACUGUUCGCAAUAAAUAACACCCUUUCCGUAUAAUAUAGCUACAAUCAUUUUUACAACUCUCCCCCCUGAGUCCACAUGAGAACCCUUCGCAGUAUAUGUGAGUCCUUCAUUUCACUUACGCCAAACCUUCCCGUGAGGAGCUCUUGCAUCAUUCAUAGGAUUGCUUUUAUGAUAAAAACUCACCCCAUCGAGGUAGAAACAAAUGUCAGUUUUAAAAAAGUCUUUAGAAUAACUACUUUGAACAGUUCGCGCAAAUUGAUGUCUCUCUGCCUAAUCCUUUUCAGUUAGCAUUCCUUUCCUUCUUGCUUCCAUGAACCCAUACCCCAGCUGCUUUAAAGUUCGAUUCAUGGUGCACAAAGAAACAUGAUGUAAUCCCGAUUCGGCUCGUAAUUGGUGACACGAAAAAUUUCCUUCCGCUAUGCGGAGCCUUGCAAUAUUUCGUACGAUAAUUUGUUCAUCCCGCAGACUGAUUAGCUGAGGCCUCCCUCGUAACUUUCUAUCUUUCUCGCAUUUCUUUGCGUUUAAACAACGAUAAAUAGAUCCGCGAGAUAUUCCACAGAGAUCUACUAUUUCCUGCACAGUCAAGUCACCUUCUUCACGCAGAAAUCUCACAUAUGCCUUGCUUUCAGCGUCUAUUUUUCCUGUGUAAACCAUGUUGUUUUAUGCCACGACAGAAGAGCAUGCGCUAAGUUACGUCACAAACAAAAAGUACAAAAUUCGACGACUUCGAACGAGGUUUUUGGAGUACAGAAUGUGCAAUUAGAAACCUCCAAUGUGUAUCAGUGUACUAAGCAGAUGUUCUCUUUUACAAAUAACCUGUGAAAAUUUCCCGGUCUUCUAAUACAACCGCGAAAUCGAAUAACAGCUUACCUCUGCAUUUAGACAACCAGUCGCAAAAAGACUUGAGACAUUGUACCUAAUUUGGACGUCAAGGGUAUUUAUAAGGUCCUCGCGUCUUAGACCCCCCCUCUCCCUUCUCAAAGUUGGUCACAAUAGGAGAUCAUGCUGAAAUUUUCGAAGAACAACAUUGAAAAUAGGGGAGGGUGAGGGGAGUUGCUUAAUCUUAGAGAUGUGGGAUUUUAUGCGAUGUUUAGUAAGAAAGAGUGUUUUCCAGGUCGUGUCUCAACAUUUUUGCAACUGGUUGUAGCAACGUGGCCACCUCGCAACAACAUGAAGACGAUUAAGAGUUUGAUUCACCCGCAAGUGGGGAAUCUGCGGUGCAGGUAUGUCCAGCUACAUGUUUUUUUUUUUUUAGGCAUCUCACAUUGGUGACUUUAUAGCCUUUCACAUAAAUGGCAGUCGGUUUGUUAUUAUUUUGUAUGAAUCCAUUAGAGCUACUGGCCUAUAUGUUGGAGUUAAAUUUGUUUAUAUUUUUCUGAUAAGUUAACUCUGAAUACAAAGAAGAGGUUAUUGGCCACCAUUCAUGAAAAAAGGUAAAUUAGAUAUAGCUUCUUUGUUUUUCUAAGGAAGCUGGAGAGGGAGCCGGACAGUAAUGAAAUUGAAGAAAUGGAAGAAGAGGUUGAGGAGUAUGCAGUAACCGAUCCCCUUUUGUCAUCAAACUCAAUGCAGGUAUUUCCGGGCAGACUUCCACUUGCUUUGCUUAAUAAAUGGCAUGCUUCUUACAUUCUUAUCAAAAAUCAUACUUAUUGUUAGGUUGAACAAACUACUGAAACAACUCCAACAGAAAGUUCAGUGCAUGCAGAUAUGGAUACAAGUAACUCACUGUGCUCAUCAAGCUUGGUGAUAAGGGAUUUCUUUUAUUUCAAAGAAAACGUGUAACAGUACCAUAAACACCCGUUCAAUUUAAUUGGGACUCGUUCAAUAUAAUUGGGACUAAUUGCUGUUAGCUGUUAUUGCCUGUUAUCAGCCAUUAGAGCCAAUCAGGAUCAAGAUUAUCUUAGGCUAAGAGCUAGUCUAAUGUUAUCAGAUAACAAACCCAUUAGAUCCAAUGGCAAGCUUGUUAGUGAAUAACGGGAUAACAGCUAAUAACAGCUAAUAAUACUUCACCCAUUAUACCCAAUCACAAGUUUGUUAGAGAAUAACGGGAUAAUAUGUUACAUUCCACAAGUGUGAAUUUGACCCGUGAGGUAAAAAUCUAUUUCAUGACAAGUCAGUGCAUCAUUCUCGAGUACAUACUGGAAGGCUGCACGCAUAUAUGCACAUUUGAUCCAUUAGCUGCCGUGAACUCAUCUAAAACUCUUUUUGGUUUAUUUAUCAUGUUUUUGAAAAACGUCAAAAUUUUACCGUUUUCAAAUAACCGAUAGGCUUUUUAACCCAGCACCUACGAAACAGUGGAAUGUUCAAGAAUAGAACAAGAAAAUCAGAAAAUUACUUUAUGAUCUUUGAAGAAGCGUAGCUCAUAACGAGCAUGCAACUAUCCAACGAUCUCUCGAUAAUAGGUCAGUGAUACAAUAGUUGUGAAUAGGAAACAGAACAAAUCAGCACUGCCCAGAGGAAGUUUAUCAGUUAUCAAGUGACAAUUGCUGACAUUCCAGCCCAUUCCUGCACGCAAAUUUCUUAGACAGUACACUAACACAUUUAUUUUCUUAAGUUAAAACGAUCUUUACACUUCCCUUUAUUUCACCUUGAUUUAACGAUGAAAUCUGUUUAGAAUGAAAAGAAAGGCAAACUUGACGUCACCUAAGGAAAAACUGCCGUUUCCGUUUUUCAUUUUGCACUAAGCAUCACUUUUUAAACACAUAUUUAUACGUAAAAUGUAUUAACUUUUAUACAGAAAAAUUUUGAAAGGCCAGAAAGGUUUUACUCUGACACGUUUUGAGAAACCUUUUGUUUGACCAUUAUUCGGCGAUCGAUCAGAUUUAAAGGGCACAUUUUUACGCGCCCUAAAAAGUUGUUAGAAGAAAGUAGCGAGUAUAAGUUAUUUAGUCAUACGGCGGCGGGACUUGACGGAACGCAAACAGAACGUUACAAUCUAAUGGCAUACGAGCGACUGCAGGCAUCUCAUGACAUGUCGACUUUGAGAUAACUAUCAACGGCUUUGAAUUCUUUCCAUGUGCGAGAAAACAAAAAGUAUGCAGACAGGACCAAAGCGGCAAUAUGUUAUGGCGAUAAUGGCCGAUAAUCAAGGCACCAUCAAUUGUGAUGAAUGGUGAACAAAUCUACUCUUUUUGCUGAACAUUUUAAACGGUAUUACAAACACUCUCUAUUUGAGUCAUGCUUGUCACAAAACUCUUUCAUUCCCAUUCAUAUUAAACAAUUACUUUCGUUAUCCGUUUUGGCGCCAAAGUCGGUACCUUUGCGCCAACUUUAAUUCUCGUCACGUCUACUGGUGUAAAAUCGAUGUAAUGGAAACAGAAGCCUGUUCGAAGGUGCAGUAGAAAACUCAAAGUUUCUUACGAAAAGUUCCCUUAAGAAUCGACAUAUUAUAAUGCCCCCCCAAAAUAAUAUAAAACGCUUACCUCAGGUGGGUGUUACUUCAUUUUCAUCUGGAAGAAUAUAUCACAAAAAGUAUUAUGAUGUGUAUGUAUCCUUUCGCGUCCAGCAAUGGCCUUUUUUCUCGUCUCUCUUAAUUCCGGAAGUGAGUUUCGUUUACGACACCUUUCGGAAGUAAAAAUUUCGAGGACUACGCUUUCUGCUCUCAUUUUUGGACUUGCCCCAGAGCAAAAGAUUUCCCUAGGAAUUCUCCAUGUUCACAUGAAAGGACGGCUUAUGUGGGAGAGUGGGUACGCACACAAUAGCCCUUUCUGCUCUCGUUAACUUUAACAACCGGCUAAUCGACAUUUUCCGGCUGUACUCUCUUCACUAUUUGAUAUUCCCGUAUUCUUGCAUUUAAUCAAUUUUGUAUAUACAUUGUUUUAUUCAAGUAAGCAUGAUUUAAAGUAUACUACAUAUUAUUUUAGACUUUAUUUUUCCGAGCAUGGAAUUUGCUGACAAUAAGAAAACCGUGACUCAGGCUUGAAAUGUCAAGCGGGCAACAUUUUUCGGCUUAUCUCUGUUCUCCCCCAAUCGCGAAUUUUAACAACUUUUCUUAUCAAAUGUUUUAUUCGCGUGAAAUAUGCUACAAUAGAUCACAUUGAUUAAAACGUGUAGUCAUUAAGCAUUCUAAUGGAAGUAAAACCGUGACUUAUCGUGAAUCAGUGUGUAAAUUAAUAUAGGUACAAAAAUCAUUGUACAUAAUUGUUCUACUGGUCCACUUUGUGAUUUUAGCACUUUAAAAUUUUCUAAAAACUUGCAACAAAAAUUAUUGUCAGAUUGCCAUACUCACAAACAAAAGAAAAAACACUUCAAUAAACCAAGGGUAAAAAUUGAAGCGCCAACAUAUUUUGCAGAGUCUUUCAAAUAAUGCUAUGCCGGGCUAACAAAAUCAUAAAUCGGAGGUACAGCUGUCUCGGGUUACAACCACGAUAAAUCUCGACAAUCCUUUAUUAAUGGAUAAAUAAAUCUAGAAAUAAGUGUGCAUGCUUGACUUUAACUAUGGUAAAGAACAUUUCAUACGUAUUCGGGCUGGACAGAUUCAGCCACUUACAACACCGGCUCAUUUUUAACCGGCCCUAUGUGUCUUCUUCAGUUUCGCAACAUGCACACAGAAAACGCCAAAAAUACUCCAAAUACAGGGAAUAGAUAAAAAUAUUUGCCACAAAAAGCGCCAAAUUUACUUUUUAUUGAUGUCAAGUUUUUCACUUGCACACUCUUACUAUCGUCAAUGACCUCUACAUUGCGACAGAAUAUGAAUUCUGGCGCUACUUUAUCCCAGUCCUUUUUUUGAGGCCACUGAAAAAUUCCGUUUCUCUCUGUCAGAAAAUGUUCAGCAAAAAGAGUAGAUUUGUUCACCAUUCAUCACAAUUGAUGGUGCCUUGAUUAUCGGCCAUUAUCGCCAUAACAUAUUCCCGCUUUGGUCCUGUCUGCAUACUUUUUGUUUUCUCGCACAUGGAAAGAAUUCAAAGCCGUUGAUAGUUAUCUCAAAGUCGACAUGUCAUGAGAUGCCUGCAGUCGCUCGUAUGCCAUUAGAUUGUAACGCUCUGUUUGCGUCCGUCAAGUCCCGCCGCCGUAUGACUAAAUAACUUAUACUCGCUACUUUCUUCUAACAACUUUUUAGGGCGCGUAAAAAUGUGCCCUUUAAAUCUGAUCGAUCGCCGAAUAAUGGUCAAACAAAAGGUUUCUCAAAACGUGUCAGAGUAAAACCUUUCUGGCCUUUCAAAAUUUUUCUGUAUAAAAGUUAAUACAUUUUACGUAUAAAUAUGUGUUUAAAAAGUGAUGCUUAGUGCAAAAUGAAAAACGGAAACGGCAGUUUUUCCUUAGGUGACGUCAAGUUUGCCUUUCUUUUCAUUCUAAACAGAUUUCAUCGUUAAAUCAAGGUGAAAUAAAGGGAAGUGUAAAGAUCGUUUUAACUUAAGAAAAUAAAUGUGUUGGUGCACUGUCUAAGAAAUUUGCGUGCAGGAAUGGGCUGGAAUGUCAGCAAUUGUCACUUGAUAACUGAUAAACUUCUUCUGGGCAGUGUUGAUUUGUUCUGUUUCCUAUUCACAACUAUUGUAUCACUGACCUAUUAUCGAGAGAUCGUUGGAUAGUUGCAUGCUUGUUAUGAGCUACGCUUCUUCAAAGAUCAUAAAGUAAUUUUCUGAUCUUCUUGUUCUAUUCUUGAACAUUCCACUGUUUCGUAGGUGCUGGGUUAAAAAGCCUAUCGGUUAUUUGAAAACGGUAAAAUUUUGACGUUUUUCAAAAACAUGAUAAAUAAACCAAAAAGAGUUUUAGAUGAGUUCACGGCAGCUAGUGGAUCAAAUGUGCAUAUAUGCGUGCAGCCUUCCAGUAUGUACUCGAGAAUGAUGCACUGACUUGUCAUGAAAUAGAUUUUUACCUCACGGGUCAAAUUCACACUUGUGGAAUGUAGCAUAUUAUCCCGUUAUUCUCUAACAAACUUGUGAUUGGGUAUAACGGGUGAAGUAUUAUUAGCUGUUAUCAGCUGUUAUCCCGUUAUUCACUAACAAGCUUGCCAUUGGAUCUAAUGGGUUUGUUAUCUGAUAACAUUAGACUAGCUCUUAGCCAAAGUCGACAUGUCAUGAGAUGCCUGCAGUCGCUCGUAUGCCGUUAGAUUGUAACGCUCUGUUUGCGUUCCGUCAAGUCCCGCCGCCGUAUGACUAAAUAACUUAUACUCGCUACUUUCUUCUAACAACUUUUUAGGGCGCGUAAAAAUGUGCCCUUUAAAUCUGAUCGAUCGCCGAAUAAUGGUCAAACAAAAGGUUUCUCAAAACGUGUCAGAGUAAAACCUUUCUGGCCUUUCAACAUUUUUCUGUAUAAGAGUCAAUACAUUUUACGUACAAAGAUGUGUUUAAAAAGUGAUGCUUAGUGCAAAAUGAAAAACGGAAACGGCGGUUUUUCCUUAGGUGACAUCAAGUUUGCCUUUCUUUUUAGGGAGCGCGUCCAAAUAUCGGUAGGGAACCCGAUCAUGGGAAAUGGACCCGAUUAAUUUUCCGACUGUUCGGAAUCGGUACCGAUCUGUAGGCACCAGUUGCCGUUUCCGAUUACGAUAAAAACUUUGCCGAUUUAUACAUAAAAUGAAGCGUGUCACGAAACCAAAAGAGUCGUUUCACUCCAAAGUAAUUUGUAUCGACUGUACCUUUUUCCUACUCCAUAACAAAUAACAAUAGUGUAUGUUCCAUGUUGUGUUUCUAGUUUGUUGAUUUGAUGAGUGCCUACACGUGAUUUUCGACGUUUUGCAGAGGUAUUUCCUUCAGUCGAUCGCAGACAUCACGCUGCUCCAUAAAAUUUAUUCUAUGAAAAUUAAAAGGAGUUAAAUAUUACGACGCAAAACACCACUGUUCUUCGUUGAUACAUAGCAAACAAAACACCAUACUGAGUAGUGUGUUCUUUACUCGAUACUUUCUAACAAUGCAAUCCAAAAACACAACCAGAACUCACUUUCUCGAAACACAACUGGAUGCAUAGACUUGUUACAAGUAGACCUCAACGGGUUUCCUAGCGAGCGGAGCGAGAGCAAACCCAUGGAUAAUAUAAAACCACGGGAUAAAUUUUUACGAAAAUUUGCGACUUUCAUUCAACGAUCCUAAACGCAAGGUGCAAUGCGAUCUGCGGCAAAAAAUACCGACCAAUUAGAUUGCGGCCUAAGAUUGUCUCCAGGAAAUUAGCAAAAAGAACUGAACGAUUCCCACACUCGUGAGUCACGGAAAACACGGAACGAAGUUUCAUACAAAGAGAGGAUGGCUUAGCGACUUAGCUGUUCUGUGAGCUAGAGAAUGGUGCCACGUGAAAUUGCUUUCCAUUCUCAGCGCUUACGAAAAUUUGCACUUGACUCAAGGUGGCUGACUUUUUGACAAAAAGCAAAACCUUUUUUACCGGAGUGUUCAACUAAAGCAAACUGUGCAUAUAUCCGAUAAGUUUGACUCAAUUUAAUAGCGGAAAGAGAAUCGAGAAAGAGAAAACCAGUUGAGCGCCUCCAUCAGUCACGUUUUUGAGUUCAUAUGCAACCAGUAAACAACUUGCAGCCUGAUUCUCAGACGAUGUCCUCUUCUCUCCUGUGGCAAUUUAAGCAGUUAAAGAACACAACAUGGUAACAACAUUUGCAUUUUGGUCGUGGAUGUUCUGACUUCUUUGUAUUUUUUUCUCUUAAAGUCCUAAACUGGUUAUUCCUUUAAAGAUUUCUUUCAUCAUGCGAUUUGGGUUCCGGUUAGCACGGGCCCAAGCUAUUUUAAAAUUAUCAUUUUGAGAUCGUACACUUGCGAUGUACAUUGCGCCGUCUUUCACUCAAAAGAUGCUCUUCAGCGUUGUUGAAUGACCUGCUGUUUCUUCUCGUGCUCAUUUUGAUACACAAAUUUAAUAUUUUCUGGUCAUACUCCGUCAUAGGUAAAUACAAACAAAUGUUCGAAACUGUGACGUUAAAUUUCGGUUCAAACAAGACACAUUUAUAAGAAAGAUAAUGUUAAUAAUAAGAAGAAACACUUUAUCUGCUGGUCUACAACAUUUAAAUUGGAAAUUUAACGUGUUUGUGCAUCGAGAACCAACAUUCACGCUUUUGCUUUUGUGACGGGUUAUUUGAGCUGCCAGAUAUUUUUGAUGACCUUUGUUAAUUGGCCCGAUAAAGACUUGAGACCCGUUGCCGAUUCCGACAUUCAACAGAAUCGGAAAAAAUCGGUGCCCAAUUGAUUGGCAUCGGUGUGACCCGAUGCCGAUAUUUGGACGCGUUGCCUUAUUCUAAACAGAUUUCGUUGUUUAAUCAAAGUGAAAUAAAGGGAAGUGUAAAGAUCGUUUUAACUUAAGAAAAUAAAUGUGUUGGUGCACUGUCUAAGAAAUUUGCGUGCAGGAAUGGGCUGGAAUGUCAGCAAUUGUCACUUGAUAACUGAUAAACUUCUUCUGGGCAGUGUUGAUUUGUUCUGUUUCCUAUUCACAACUAUUGUAUCACUGACCUAUUAUCGAGAGAUCGUUGGAUAGUUGCAUGCUUGUUAUGAGCUACGCUUCUUCAAAGAUCAUAAAGUAAUUUUCUGAUCUUCUUGUUCUAUUCUUGAACAUUCCACUGUUUCGUAGGUGCUGGGUUAAAAAGCCUAUCGGUUAUUUGAAAACGGUAAAAUUUUGACGUUUUUCAAAAACAUGAUAAAUAAACCAAAAAGAGUUUUAGAUGAGUUCACGGCAGCUAGUGGAUCAAAUGUGCAUAUAUGCGUGCAGCCUUCCAGUAUGUACUCGAGAAUGAUGCACUGACUUGUCAUGAAAUAGAUUUUUACCUCACGGGUCAAAUUCACACUUGUGGAAUGUAGCAUAUUAUCCCGUUAUUCUCUAACAAACUUGUGAUUGGGUAUAAUGGGUGAAGUAUUGUUAGCUGUUAUUAGCUGUUAUCCCGUUAUUCACUAACAAGCUUGCCAUUGGAUCUAAUGGGUUUGUUAUCUGAUAACAUUAGACUAGCUCUUAGCCUAAGAUAAUCUUGAUCCUGAUUGGCUCUAAUGGCUGAUAACAGGCAAUAACAGCUAACAGCAAUUAGUCCCAAUUAUAUUGAACGAGUCCCGAUUAAAUUGAACGGGUGUUCAUAUUACCUUUAUUAUAAUAAUUAUUACAUCUAUUGUUAUGAGAAUUUGACUUUUGUUCUUCUAACAAUAUUGUAGGACCAUGUCUCACCACAAUUUCUACCUGCUGCUGCAUAAACAGGAAGCAAGCAGCAUUAUUUUUUUAUUGAGUGUUAGUCCACUUUGAAUUUCUUCAAAGUAUCUUCAAACUGCCGUACUUCAUUUUUACUGUCGUGCACAAUAAGUCACAAAGAAACCCACAAACCCCCAAAAGGAAGUUAUGGUCUUUAAAACACAGCGGGCAACUGCAACAGCAAUUUAAAAGAAAAACAUUUGUUAGAACUCGCACAAAUGUUUCACUCUGAUGCCAUUUUGGCCAUGUCAUUGUAGACUCAUUCACUCAUUUUAGAUUACUAAUGUAUACUAAAUAUGUGGACUAGGGCCAAUACAAAAGCCAUUUAAAGUGACAGUUUUUUACAUGUAAAGAUAUUAAAAGCUGCACUUUCAACUUAUUGACAGGCACAUGAAAAUCAAGCUGAAUGCAGCACUUGUCAAGACCUCUCUACAGAGAAGAAAGAACUCAAAAAAGAGAUCAAAGUAUUGCGAUUUAAAGUCACCAGACUGACUAACAAGCUGGAAAGCAACCAAAAGCAGUGGGUGGAGACUUUGCAGGAGAUCCAGUUAGAUGCAUCUAAAGAUCAUUUAGUGUCAGAUUGUGGUGCGUGUUCUGAGUUUGUGUUGGGUUGGGGGGGGGGGGAAGAGUAUUCCAAAUUGUGGGCUAUACAAGACUUUGCAGUUAUUCUCAUUUGUGCUGUUUAUCUUUGAUGGAUACUCCAUGUACAUUAAUAAAAACGCAGUCAACCCUUGGUUUGCAAACAACAUCCAAUUUUUUUUCCCAUUUAGUACAAAUUACAGAAACUAUUCCAUCAUAUAAAAUAAAUAAUGUAUUUGUCGUUGAUAGGCUACAAAUAUAGAUAGUCUAAGCCAUAAUGAUUCCUUUUCUCUAGAUAACACAGCACAAGCUCACAAUGCUAAUUCCACUGUGUUUGGUGACCAGAAUAACAGUGUAGAUGACUUUACAGAGAUUAGUGAUGACAAUGAAGAGCCAGAGACUGAUGAUGAUCCUGACUGGACUCCUGAAAAAUUAGAUGAAGUCUAUCCAGAAUUAGGAGACGAUAAUGUGAAUGACAGCCAAACAACAAAGCCUAGGUACUGUAUAGGAUGUACCAUAACUUACUAGUUAAUGUAGACAUACGCAUGCAAGUGUGGUCCAUCUUGUCUUGAAUAAAAAUCUCAUUAUUUGUGAAGUAAAAAAAGGGAGAAGAAGCCUUUCUACCCCCCUAUCCCUUCCUAAAAAAGGCACAUCCACCACAGUGACACCAUUAAAUGUGUUGUCCUGGAGAUAUACAUGUAUUAGUACGUUAAGAGAGAGUACCAUACACUAAUUAUUUCUUUGUAUGACUUUAAAUGCAUCUUCCCUGACUUGACAUUGGAUGAAAAAUGGGAAAUAUCUGACUCAUUUCUAAAAUUACUAUUAUUAUUUAUCACACAACAGGCUGAACUGCACAGGAAAGAACAAGCGUGAGGAGGCUAAAGGCAUUGUUUUUUUAUCCAAGCUAUUACUACUGUUUCAGUACUGCCAUUAUUGUCUUACUCCCAACCCUGAAACUGUUUGCACACAAACAGGAACUCUAUUGACCAUUAAAGCCAAAUGCAGCAGUUGUCAAGAGAUAUUUACCUGGGAAAGCCAGCCAUUCCUUAUGGGCAAAUUUCCAGCAGGCAACCUUCUCACCAGCUUUGCAACUCUUUGUGCUGGAGCAUCAAUAAAGAAAAUGUUGACAGCGUUUCGGCACAUGGGGGUACUUGUCUACAAUGAGCCCACCUACUACUACCAUCAGCGGCAUCUCCUCAUUCCCACUAUCAUCUCAUUCUGGCGUAAAUACCAAACAAAACUGCUGGAUUCCCUGAAAGGAAAAGAAGUAGUUUUAGCAGGAGAUGGGCACCACGACAGCAUGGGCUACUCAGCUGGAUUCCCUGAAAGGAAAAGAAGUAGUUUUAGCAGGAGAUGGGCACCACGACAGCAUGGGCUACUCAGCAAAAUAUGGCACUUAUACUAUAUUUUAUUGUACUGUUGGCCUUAUUAUUCACAUUGUUUUAUUACAGGCAAGUGAAAAAACCUCAUAAAAAUCAUACAGUCAUGUAGUAAAACCAAACCCAAAGCAAGGGUAAAUUAAAUUUCAAUAAUUAUUAUAAAUAUCUAUGAACUGCAGAAUUAGAAAAGCAAGGCCAUGUUAAAGAAAUGUGGUCAAAAGACAAAAUCUGAAUGCUUGGACUGAAAAAAAAAAUCACAUUUAUAACAAAACACCCUUCUGUCUUGUAUUUUCUAGGCUAAUCAGGCAGGAAGCAGUUCUGGUAUCGAGUUUAUGGCCUUCAAGGAAGCCAUGACAUAUAUUCUAGCCACAGGCAUGAUUGUCAAGUCAUUUAUCUCUGACCGCCAUGCUUCCAUUGCUAAGUGGAUGAGAGAAGAAUGUGGAAAGAAGUGUGCUGAACUUGGCAAGCCAGUUAUCAAUCAUUUUUUUGAUCUUUGGCUCAUUGGGAAAAGUAUGCAAAAACAAUAAGUAACCUAGUAUGUUUUCAUCGUAUGUAAUCAUAUACUUAUAUCAAUAUUACCAUUACUUCUUUUUAUUAUAGUUAUUGUCGUACCUUACCCUAGGGCACAGUGCAAAAAACCUAUGACCUAGAAUCUGUAGUGAAAUAGUACUCACAUUAUCAGAGGAGACAAUGUCUCUGCUUCUCUGCGCCUUGAUCAAAUUUAUUGUACAUGUAUAUUGUAGAAAAGCACUUAAUGUUGAAUUGUUUUGCUAUUUUCACAGAAAUCCAAAAAGUUCUAACAAAACUGAGCAAGGAAAUAAAAUUGUGAGAUCGUUGGAGGAAGGCCUGUGUUAGACAUUUUUACUGGGCAGUGACCUCGACUCAAGAAAGUCUUGGAAAGGUCAAGGUUUCAAAGUUCCAAGCAUUCCUCAGUCAUGUCAUCAACAAACACAAGAACCUUCCUAAUAGGCUCUUCAAUGCUUGUGCUCACGGUGAAGUCAUCACACAAAAAGUAUGGAUGUCUAAAGGUACAAAAGCCUCACUUGCUGCCGCACUCUAUGUUGACCUUAUUAUGUUGACCAAACGUCUUGGAUAUAGGACUACAUAACUGUAUCAUUGCAAAGCUUGGUUGAGCUAUUUUUGGUCAUGUUCAAGAAUUUCAGCCCCAUCUGCUCAAAUGCAACUAGAAACUGUCAACAAUUGAAAAAAAUAUGAAAAAUAUGAGAUAUCACUGUCCUUUUUCUAUUUUCCACUAAAUAAAAAAAUAAUUUACAACUAGUGACCACCUGAUUUAUAAAUUUCAUCUAAAAACCACAAUAUGACAAACAUUUCCCCUGUAUUGCUGCCUUACUAAAGGAAUAGAAAAAGCUUCCUCAGUUGAGCAAACAAGCUGCCUGGAAGGGUAUCAUUCAGUAGUCAACCAAUUUGCCCCAAAGAUGCUGGCCUACUCAUACCUGGGAAUGCUUUGUAGGUACGUGAAAUUGAAGGCUUAUGUAUUUAAACAUAGCAACACUAAAGUUAAUCUUGAAAAAGUAUGA